GCCAUGUGAUCCGUGGACGCCUCGCAACCUCGCAUGUCAAUGCGAGACACCAUAUCGAUGCACGAUAUACCGAGCCACACAGCUCCAUGGAGAAUCAUAACGGGCUUAGCAUCGGGGACUUGGCAUCCACUGACUUGGCUCUCGUUUCAGCCUCCUAUGAAUACCGGGCUCGCAACUCUCAGGAACACUGCAUGGAAGAAGAGUAGCCGAGAGGAGGCCCGCUGUGCUUGAUCUUGCAGCGAUGCUGUGGUCGUCGUCGUCGAUGCCUUCUUGGCUCUGCGCUGCGCAACCAGGCUCGGGAAACCUCGUAAUGUGCUCUGUCGUGAGAGGUGAAGCACGUGAGGGAGCCUUUCCCCGGACCGCAGAGGCAUAUAGCGUGUUUGGCGAGAGGAGCCCGUUCGACACGCCAUCUAGAACUAGUGGGUUGGUGUAGCCAGGCCCUUGGGUGCCUAACAAACUCGCGAAUAGUCGUCGUUCUAUGGGGCAAGUGAUGCAAACAACAUCUUUAUGGUGAUGGAGACCUUUCGUAGCCCAUUUUCUUUCAACUUAUCCUACUAAUCCAGUGAUGCUGCAGCAAUAUGGUGUCUUGCUUGCAUAACCGGCAAGAAGAG